UUCUGGAGUCUCGGAGCUGCUGGUGUGAACUCUGACCUGGUCCGGGGGCUUCGGGGAGCCAGGCUGAGGGAGGAAGAGCCUAGGGGCUACCCUGCUUCAUCCUGCCUUGACUCGGGCUCUUGGGGCCACUGGGUCCUGGGCCAUCACCAUUCCUCCUCUGGGGUUCCCCCCAUCACCUCAUGACUCAGCCCUAGGGUUCCCCUCGCCAGCUCCGCGUUACCCUUCCCACACUACGUGACCACCAACCCCCAUCACCAUCCCCAAGGCCCUCGUUCAUUCACAUCGCGACCCAGUCGCCGGGCGCUUUCCCAGUGCCUCAUGUCAGCACCACCCCACCCCCCAAGCCCCCUUAGGAAUCUCGGCUGUCUUCUGCCUUCCGCGCGCCUGGGAUCGACCGUCUCUCCCCAAGAAUGUUCCGCCGGGAGCGCUCCAUCCCGCUUCGAGGCUCGGCGGCCGCCCUGUGCAACAACCUCAGUGUGCUGCAGCUGCCCGCCCGCAACCUCACUCAUUUUGGAGUAGUCCAUGGACCCAGCGCCCAGCUACUCAGCGCUGCUCCUGAGGGUGUGCCCUUGGCCCAGCGCCAACUCCAUGCUAAGGAGGGCGCUGGAGUGAGCCCCCCACUUAUCACCCAGAUCCACUGGUGUGUCCUCCCUUUCCGAGUAUUGCUGGUACUCACCUCUCAUCGAGGAAUACAAAUGUACGAGUCUGACGGCUCCGUCAUGGUCUACUGGCAUGCACUGGACGCUGGAGAUGCCUCUCUAGUGCAGGCUGUGUUUGCCCGAGGAAUUGCUGCCAGUGGCCACUACGUCUGUGUGGGAACAUGGUCGGGCCGGGUACUGGUGUUUGACAUCCCCACCAAGGGUCCCAACAUUGUACUGAGUGAAGAGCUGGCAAGGCACCAGACGCCAAUCUCAGACAUUGCCACUGAGCCUGCCCAGGGACAGGACUGCAUGGCUGACACUGUGACAGCAGAUGACUCGGGCUUGCUGUGUGUCUGGAGAUCAGGGCCCAAAUUCAAAUUACUGACCCAGAUUCCAGGAUUCGGGGUGCCAUGUUCUUCUGUGCAGCUGUGGCAGGGGACCGUAGCAGCAGGCUACGGGAAUGGGCAAGUGCGUCUGUAUGAAGCCAGUACAGGAACUAUACACGUCCAGAUUGACGCCCAUGCCCGGGCCAUCUGUGCCCUGGACCUGGCUCCUGAGGUGGGCAAGCUACUCUCUGCUGCUGAAGACACCUUCAUACACAUCUGGAAGUUGAGCAGAAGCCCAGAGGAUGGCUGCAUUGAGGUGGAACACUGUCACAGUGAGUGUGUGCCUGACACCCAGCUGUGUGGUGCCCGAUUCUGUGACCCCUCAGGCAGCUCCUUUGCUGUGACUGGCUAUGACCUCGCUGAGAUCCUGAGAUUCAGCAGCAUGUGAGAGAAGAGCAGCCCUCUAUUUCCCUGUGGUAUUUAUAAAGUACC